UUCCUCUGGCCAUACGUUGUAAAGGAAGUAAUGCAUGCAGAGUAACCUCAUGUGGUGUGGGGAGCACGUGUGAAGUGCAUAGGCUGUGAUUCAACUCUUCGCUGCCUGCCGGCAUCCAACUGGCUCUGAAAUGGAGAGGAACUUUUAUUUCCAUUCAGCGGCCGAGUGUUUCUCUUGAUUGGAGUGCAUCUUGGAAUGACAUCUACAGCGAUGCCCAUCACUUCCAGAGUCAGGGGCCUGCAGCCCCAACACCAUCACUCCAGCUCCUGCAGCCCUUUGAGUCAGCUCUUGCCUGGCUCCGUGGAGCCGCCGUCCAUCAAGGGCCUUUACUACCGCAGGGCCCGGAAGGUGGGCGCGCUGGACGCCUCCCCGACGGCCGACCUGAAGAAGGAGAUCCUGGUGAACGUGGGGGGCAGGAGGUACGUGCUCCCCUGGAGCACGCUGGACGAGUUUCCCCUGAGCCGCCUGAGCAAGCUCAAGUUCUGCCGGAAUCAGGAGGAGAUCGCGCAGCUCUGCGACGACUACGACGAGGACAACCAGGAGUUCUUCUUCGACAGGAGCCCCAGCGCCUUCGGGAUGAUCGUGAGCUUCCUGGCGGCCGGCAAGCUGGCCCUCCUGCGGGAGAUGUGCGUGCUGUCCUUCCAGGAGGAGCUGACCUACUGGGGCAUCGAGGAGGCGCACCUGGAGAAGUGCUGCCUGCGGAAGUUGCUGAAGAAGCUGGAGGAGCUGGCUGAGCUGCGCAGGGAGGAGUCCCUGCAGCGCGAGCAGGAGGCGUGCGGCCCGGCCGUGGACACCUCGCGCUGCGGGCUCUGCAUGAACUGGCUGCGGGAGAUGGUGGAGAACCCGCAGUCGGGGCUGCCCGGGAAGGUCUUUGCUUGUCUGUCCAUCCUCUUCGUGGCCACCACAGCGGUCAGCCUGUGUGUCAGCACCAUGCCCGACAUGAGGGCCGAGGAGGACAAGGGCGAGUGCUCUCAGAAGUGCUACUACAUCUUCAUCGUGGAGACCAUCUGCGUGGCGUGGUUUUCCCUGGAGUUCUGCCUGCGCUUUGUCCAGGCCCGCAACAAGUGCCGGUUCUUCCAAGGGCCCUUGAACAUCAUCGACAUCCUGGCCCUCUCGCCCUACUACGUGUCCCUGGUGGUGUCCGAGGAGCCCCAGGAGGACGACGAGCGGCCCGGCGGGAGCUUCUACCUGGAGAAGGUGGGGCUGCUGCUGCGCGUGCUGCGGGCGCUGCGCAUCCUCUACGUGAUGCGCCUGGCGCGCCACUCGCUGGGGCUGCAGACGCUGGGCCUCACCGUGCGCCGCUGCACGCGCGAGUUCGGCCUGCUCCUCCUCUUCCUCUGCGUGGCCAUCACCCUCUUCUCCCCUCUGGUCUACGUGGCCGAGAACGAGUCCGGGCGGGUCCUGGAGUUCACCAGCAUCCCGGCCUCCUACUGGUGGGCCAUCAUCUCCAUGACGACGGUGGGCUACGGAGACAUGGUCCCGCGCAGCGUGCCGGGCCAGGUGGUGGCCCUCAGCAGCAUCCUGAGUGGGAUCCUCAUCAUGGCCUUCCCAGCCACGUCCAUCUUCCACACCUUCUCGCACUCCUACUUGGAGCUCAAGAAGGAGCAAGAGCAGCUCCAGGCCCGCCUCCGCCACCUGCAAAAUGCCGCCACAGCCAGUGAGCGCGAGCUCCUGAGUGAUGUGGACGACCUGAUCCUGGAGGGACCCAACACCCCCAUCAAAUACAUUUAGCUCAAAACCCCCAUGAACAGGCCAGGACCUCAAUCCAGGGCUUCCUUCUUUGGGCCUCGGCUGACAUGGGCUGGAGAACAGCAGCCAUCGACCAUAUGGUGGUACGUUUCCGGAGCUCGGGGGCAGCUCCUGAAGCUAAGAGGGGCUCAAGGCCAAAAUUGGGGUGGUUGUGAUUCCUGAGCCUCCUGGCCACCACAAUCCAGGCUGACCUUAUCCAGGUUUCUUGUCUUUUCUCCUCUCCCUGCCCCUCCCUCAGCACACCUAGUGUUGCUAGGGUAAGUCAGUCUCCAUUCUCAUUUCCUUCCCAGCAGUCUCCAGCAUCCCACGCUGGGGUCCAGACUCCUGUGAACUGAGCCUACAGAGUCCCGUCCAUCCAUCCCCAAAGACCCUCUUUCCUGGCCACCCCAGCGCCAGGAACUGGAGUGGAGGGCCCAGUCACUGCAAACAGUUCUUCUGCUCACGGCUACCAAUGGUUUCCUGGUGUAGCCACCUUCCCCCAGCUCUGGAAGCUCUUAUCCAAGAGGACAGACUGGCCUUUCUGCGUUCUCUGUGUUAAAUGGCACCGUGGCUGCAGCCUGCCAUACUUCCUGGGUUGCCUGGGACCUGGGCAGGAGUCCCACUUGCCAGCACAGCAGGACCUCCUUGGCCAACUGGACUUCUGGUGGGACAUUCUCCAACUAUCCAGUCCUUGGCCUUGAAGGCGAACUCUUGUGGGGCUCUGCAUUGUCCCUUGAGAGGUCUGUUCCUGCUGCUGGUUCCUCCAGCACUGUGGGGGCCUAGGCUUUCCACCCUCCGCGAAGCCACCAGGGACACGGCGUGGAAACAAGGGCAGCCUUAGGAUCUGCCCCUCACCGCCCCCUGGGCCAAGCCCUUGAUGCCAGAGGACAGGCAUCCUCAGCUUAUAUUUAAAUGUAUCUAUUUAUUUAUCCAUUCAUUCACUAACAAAUUUGGCCCUUUACAUGCAGUUAGGAGGCAGAUGUAGGACCAAGUCAUUCGAGAUAAAAGCAGUGCACGCUGAGUGAGACCAGAGAGGAAAGAGCAAUGAAUUCUGAGCAUUGGGCUCACAGAGGUUCUUCACAGAGACACAGGAAGGGUUGAGUUUGGGGGGAUGUUUGGGAGACAAAGCUGGGAAGGUGGGGUGGGCUGUGGGUGCUGUGCAGGGGAUUUGGAAGUUUGGGUAAAUGUAAAGGAGAUGUUGGAAAUGCUGGAAGAAGAAGUGAUGUGAGUGGACUGCAGGAGUGAGUGAUGAUGAUUGGAUGGGAUGUGGGAAAACCAGUUUGGAACAGAGAACAAUUGAGUAAUUCGGGUGAGAUGAGAGGGCCCACCUCCUGUGAGUUAUUCAUGGUACACGGUGAUGAAAAUCCUGGCAUCUCGUCUAUUGUUUCCCAGCAAAGCACACCUGGGAGAGAUCUCAAUGGCACCUCCGAUGAGCGACUUGGCUACUUCUCGCUCCAGCUCUGCCUAUCACUGGGACUGGCUUCCACCAGGCAUCUCCAUUUUCCUCUGUGCCACGUACCAGGCAUUUUUUUUUUUCAUACCAGGUAUUUUAACAAAAAUGUGCAGGGACUGAAAGAAAAAUAGGUGAGCUCAUCACCAACAUUAUGAGGUUCUAUAGUUUCUUAGGCCACACCCAGUGGACAUAAUUUACUAAAUCAGAAGUGGAAAAUUAGAAUCAAUUGCUCAUAUGUGAGGCUUAAUUAAAUGGUCUGUUUUUUCUCCCAGUAAUGUUCUGGGGGCUAGUCUAGCCUCGUGGAGCAGACUUUCCUUCAUGCUGAUUGGAUGUCGUAGGGAUGACAAGCGAGUUGCUAGGCAGUUUCUUUACCCCUAUUGGCUGGAAGGAGUCUUGUGAUUCCCAGAAGGGCUUGUUUUAUCUGAGGCCAAUGGGUGUGACUGUAACCAAAGGGAGAAAUUUGCCAGCUGUAGGCAAAGAGCAGAUGGCCUUUACUUCAAGCCAUUUUCAUGUUGCAUUGAUACAUCUCUAAGACAUAACUUUAAAAUGUUUUUUCAACAUCUCUCUGGCCAGAGUUGAGCCUAAAGAGUGACUUGGGAAUGGAUGGGUUAAUUCUUCAAUGCAAUGCAAGAGAGGCUCUACCCACUGACUCUAUUUUGACGGCCUUUAGGACUUGAGAAAUUGGUAACUGGAAGGCCUGUCAGAAGACAUUCUGAGCAGAGAGUUUCCAUGAGAGGAUCCGUGAACCUCUGGAGAUUAUGCAUUUCAAAGUGCACAGCUUUGAAAUAGGGUCCAUUGAUUUAGUCAGAUCCUCAAAGGAAUCCAUGAUCCCACGAAAAGAAUAAAAAUGUUCUUAAGUAGAUCACCUCUUGCAUUUUAAGAUGGAGAGACAAAGGCUCAGAGAGAAAAAGCCACCUGCCCAAGGCCACUUAGCCAGUUCAUUUAGUUAGGCCCAUGGUCGGCAAACUGCGGCUCGCGAGCCACAUGUGGCUCUUUGGCCCCUUGAGUGUGGCUCUUCCACAAAAUACCGACUU